AUGGACCCAAAGGCGUAUGGUAAAGAGUUGGUGGAUCAUCCCAUUUUCCAGUUUGAGAGAAGAGUAGAUGAGCCUAAAAUAUACAACAGAGAAACGAUGCUAGAAACUAUCGAAAAUAUUCCUCGAAUUGCACAAGUGAAACAAGUUUUGGAGGAUACAUUCAUUAAAGAAAGAAUAUUGAGUAGAAAAGAGGAAUCUAAAGCACGUGAUUUGAAAUUUAUAGAGGCUCACAAGAGAUUGCUGAAGAAUUUUGUAAAGGGAAAGGAGGAAAAUACCGAAAAAAAGCAACAGAAAGACAAGCAAGUAGAAUACGAGAUUUGCUAA